UUCUAAUUGAAAGAAACUCUUUGUUUCUCUCCCUCUCAAUUCUUUGUGUUGAUGGUUGAUUGUUUUUUAUUGUGAUUCUUUUUUUCUUUUAAUUAAUUUAAUUGUUUCUUAUUCAAAUAUGGAGGAAAGUGAAAGUCAGUCAACUUCUGAAAAUAAUAUUGGAAAUUCGGGUUCAGAAAAUGAGGAUAUCGUGUUAGACAUUGGGGAUCAUUUUCUUGUUAAACGGAGUGACAACACUUGGCAUUCUGCUGAGGUGAUUGAGGUUCGAUCAAAUCCUCAAGAAGGAGGACGUUAUGAGUAUUAUGUUCAUUAUGAGGGAUUAAAUCGUCGUCUUGAUGAAUGGGUUGGCCGUGAUAGAGUUGAUAUAAGCUCUGGAAGUCGUGCCAAAGCGGAAGCUGAUGCGAGGGCUGCUAAAGAAUCGGCUGUUAUAACACCACAAAUUACCGAUGAUGGUAAACAAGAGAGAAAAAUUACUCGUAAUCAGAAAAGAAAACACGAUGAAAUCAACCAUGUUCAAAAAACAUUCGCCGAAAUGGAUCCCACCACAGCUGCUUUAGAGCGGGAACAUGAAGCUAUCACCAAGGUUAAAUAUGUAGAUAAAAUUCAAUUUGGAAAAUAUGAAAUAGAUGCAUGGUAUUUUUCACCAUUCCCUGAAGAUUAUGGUAAACAACCAAAAUUAUGGAUCUGUGAAUAUUGUAUUAAAUACAUGAGACUUGAGAAAACUUAUCGUUACCAUCAAGCGACCUGCGUUUGGAGACAACCACCCGGAAAAGAGAUUUACCGAAAAGGAACAAUUUCUGUUUACGAAGUGGAUGGAAAAGAGCACAAAAUUUAUUCACAAAAUUUGUGCCUUUUGGCUAAACUUUUUCUCGAUCAUAAAACACUUUUUUUCGAUGUUGAACCUUUCCUAUUCUAUAUUCUUUGUGAGGUUGACAAUCAAGGAGCCCAUUUGGUGGGUUACUUUUCAAAAGAGAAAGAAUCUCCUGAUGGAAAUAAUUUGGCCUGUAUUUUGACUUUACCACCUUAUCAACGGAAAGGAUAUGGAAAAUUUUUAAUCGCUUUCAGUUAUGAAGUAUCCAAAUUAGAAAAUGUCAUUGGAUCACCGGAAAAACCGCUCUCUGAUCUUGGUAAAUUAAGUUAUCGAAGUUACUGGUCUUUUGUAUUAUUGGAAAUUCUUCGAGAUUUUCGUGGUACCUUAUCUAUUCGUGAUCUAAGUCAGAUGACAUCAAUUACUCAAAGUGACAUCAUUUCAACUCUUCAAUCAUUGAACAUGGUCAAAUACUGGAAAGGUCAACAUGUGAUUUGUGUGACAUCUAAACUGGUUGAAGAGCAUCUUAAAAGUGCCCAAUACAAGAAGCAAAGGUUAACCGUGGACGUUUCUUGUCUUCGAUGGAUUCCACCAAAAAAAGCUAUCAAAAAGAAAUGAAAACAUUAAUAACGUUUGAAAUCAAACAACAAACCAGAAAAGACCAAAAAAAAAAUAACUCAACUAUUCAAAAAAAGCUUAAGACAUGACAUUUGCUUGGACUGAAUUGGAGUGAUAAUCGAAGGAAAGAGAAAACAUGUUGGUGACCAAGGUACAAGCGCUAACAUGAAACAAAAAAAUCACACUAACAAUUAAUCUCUUCUAAUUCCAAGAAUAUCAAGUUUAAAAAGGAUUGAUUUUCUUCAAUCAAAUCUGUAUUCCAUUUUAUUGGACAAUCAAUGACUCUCAUCAGUUUAGUCAAAUGAUUUGAAAUAGUUCCAGUUUUUUUUUCUUCAAUUUGAAAAGGAUCCAUUUUCACCGAACGAUAGAUUUUCAUUUAAUCUGGAAUACAUGAUUAUCUUUCAUUAGAUAAAAUCGAGUUGGUCUCAUUUUCAAAAUUUGAUCAAUUAUGGUCUACAUCACCUCAAAGAAUAUUAAAUUAGAGUCUCAAUUCAACAACAACAAAAAAAACUAGUUGGUUAGUUUUUGUUUUGUGUGUCACAAUUACCAUUAUCAUGAAUAUCUACUUAAUAAUCAAGUAUAUUUGUAGAUUUACAAGACAAAAAUUAUCUCCAUCACCAAUUGAUUCACUAAGAAAAUUUUCUUCCAACAUUUAAAGUCCAUAAUUAAACAAAUUGAAAGAAAAGUUUUAUCUGUAUUAAAAAAAAAUAAAACAAUCAAUUUAUUUCUGAGUUUAAA